AUGUCUGUGGUUGGUUCUCUUAUAUUUUGUCUAGAUUGUGGUAAUCUAUUAGAUAACCCCAGUACUGUUCAAACUGCAAAUAUUGAAUGUUCACAAUGCCAGGCUACAUACCCUAAGGCGGAAUUCUCUAAUUUGAAGGUUAUCACCUCCACUGCAGAGGAUGCAUUCCCAUCUACCUUGAGAUCUAAAAGAUCUGUUGUUAAGACUACAUUGAAGAAGGAUGAACUUACAGAUGGUGCCAUUAUUAACGAAAAGUGUCCUAAAUGUGGUAACGAUGAAAUGCAUUACCAUACUUUACAAUUAAGAUCCGCUGAUGAAGGUGCUACUGUCUUUUAUACAUGUACAUCCUGUGGUUACAAAUUUAGAACAAAUAAUUGA